GCGUCACGUGACCAAACACGGAAGUCAAUAAACUCGACGGCGACAUGUAACUUUUCAAACCACUAACGCCGCUCCGAGCCUUAACUUUUUUUAAAAGCACAUUUUAACGUGCUUCGUCCUUGAAAAACGACCUAUUAGCAAACGCUUAUAUGUCCCUUUACAGGUUUUUUUGUUACGUCGCUUUGAGUCAAAGAGUAAAAUGUGGAAAGAAUCGCCUUUAUCGAGCAUCAACGUCGUGCUCGUCAUGGCCUUUGGUAGUCUGGUCUUUGUCUUGCUGUUCAUCUUUGUGAAAAGACAAAUUAUGAGACUAGCCAUGAAAUCUCGACGGGGACCCCACGCUCCCAUCGGACACAAUGCUCCAAAGGAGCUCAGGCAAAAAAUUGAAGACAAACUGUGCCUAGUCCAGAAAAUCCACUAUGAGCCUCGGCUGCUGUCUGCAGAGGAUGAGCGGCUAAAGUCAGGUGGCUGUGAGUACCAGUACAGGAUGCGAGCACUGGAUGCCAUCAGAGACACAGAUUUCCCUUUUUAUGAUCUGGGCGGAUCCUCCAGCGCCGUGACAGGAAAACGAUUCCGAACUUGGCUUCUGCAGCUUAAAACUUCACAUUGCCUCUUCAGGGACGGCCAGAAGGGUCUAAUUGACACGGUGCUAGACGGCUACCAUAAAGCACGCCACGGGGACGAGGCUUUCGGAGAAGCCGAACUCAGUAAAUAUCAGGAGGCUCUCACUGAACUGGCUUGUGUCGUGAAAAGCCAGAGCAGAAGCAGUAGCAAUAGCAGCACUACGAGCCAGCACCACCAGAGCGCCGCCAAGGACUUGACCGCCUCUUCUGCUGAGCCCCCAAGCUCCUCCCCGUCGUCGCGGGCCCAGCUCACGUCGGCGGCCCAGCAGCGCAUCAAGCGGACCCGAAAUCUACUGGAGCUUAAGAACUUUAAGGAUAAGUACAACACACUGGACAGCACUUUGUGAGAUGAGUUGGGUAGCGAGGAGGUGGUGCCACCUAGAGGCUUUUCAUAAUGCUUACAUGAACCGUCCAUUUUCUGUAAGCAGGGGUUCUCAAACUUUUUAGGUCCAGGGAGCUUUUUCUUCCACGUAAAUGUCGAUUAAAUGUUACUAACUUGUGCCAUUAAAUGCCAAAACAAUUCAAAACGGUAAUAGUUUUGUUUUGAAUCUAAAACCAGUGUUCUCAACUGGAACCCACCACAGAUGGAUUUGGGCGGCUUUUGUAUCUUAAAAUAAUAGUAAUCUAACACAGAGGUCCGUCCGCGGGUCACUUGGUACUGGGCCGCCAAGCCGCACAGGAAAAAAAAAAAAAAAUUAUCAACGAUCAAUUGAUUCAGGUCAAGACACUCAUCCCGGUCACGUGACAAGUUUCCCCAGUCGAGCCUGCAAAGCUAGCAAAAAUGAGUACGAAUUUAUUUUGAAAAAUACAUAUCAUGAUUGUUAUAGAAUGUUUUCAAGAUUCAGCUUUAUUUUUGAAUUACAGCAUGAUGUUGAUCUUCGCAACAUACUUUUCUCCCCCCUUCAAAUAAUCUGCAACUUUGAUACUUCUCACUUGCCUUAUUAUUGCAAGCAUCAGGGCUGCGUUAUGCAUUCAUGGAGUUGACUUGACCAAAAUAAGAGCCAUGACGCCAUGUGAGAAAGAUAAGACAAUCAGUAUUUAUAGCACAAGUGUCAAAAAUAAGACCGUAAGUAAAGUUUAUUAUCAGCUACCAGUGUUAAAUCACAUUUGAUGAAACAUGUGCACUUAUUUUUUGCAUUGCUUUUUGGUGAAGCCUUAGUUAUGAUUUACAGAAGCCAUAUUUUGAUACUUUCACUACUUCAGUGCAAUUAUAUUUGAUUCCAGUGAAUUAAUUUAUUCUGAAUGUAAUUUGUUUUUCAGACAUCUGUUACUGGGUUUGAUCCCAGAAUGCUACUGUAACGUCUGAACGACUUGAUUGUAAUCACUGUAUAAUUUGCUAAAUAACACUGUGACUUAAAA